AUGGCUAUAGCAUCUCCCCUUACCAGAUUGACCCAAAAGGCUGUUCCUUUUCAGUGGUCGGAUGAGUGUGAGGCGAGCUUCCGAAAGCUCAAAGCCUUGGUGACUUCAGCUCCCAUUUUGACUCUUCCUGUAGAGGGAGAGGGUUUCUUGUGUAUUGUGAUGCUUCAAGUGUUGAAGGGGAAAGCUCAUGAGGCAAAGCUUGAUGAAGAAGGGAUUUUGAGGAUUAAAGGACGAGUGUGUGUGCCUCGGACUGGUGAUUUGACUACUUUGAUUAUGGAGGAGGCCCACAGCUCGAGGUAUUCUAUUCACCCUGGUGCUAUGAAGAUGUAUCGAGAUCUGAAGCAACACUAUUGGUGGUGUAGCAUGAAGCGUGAUAUUGUUAAAUUUGUGUCUAAGUGUCUGAAUUGUCAACAAGUGAAGUAUGAGCAUCAAAAGCCCGGUGGGAUUUCUCAAAGGAUGCCUAUUCCCGAGUGGAAAAGGGAAAGGAUUGCCAUAGACUUUGUGGUAAGGUUGCCACGGACUUUGGGUAAGUUUGACUCCGUUUGGGUGAUUGUGGAUCGUUUGACUAAAUCAGCUCAUUUAAUUCCUGUUCAUACGACUUAUACUUCUGAGAAGCUAGCUAAGACCUACAUUCGUGAGAUUCUUCAUUUGCAAGGAGUGCCCGUUUCCAUUAUUUCUGGUAAAGGGACUCAGUUCACUUCUUACUUCUGGAAUGGUCAUUGGGAACAAUUCUUGCCUUUGGCUGAGUUUGCUUACAAUAACAGUUAUUAUUCGAGUAUUAAGAUGGCGCCGUUUAAGGCCUUGUAUGGUAGGAGAUGUCGAUCUCCCAUUGCAUGGUUUGAUUCUUUUGAGGUGAGGCCAUGGGGUACGGUCUUGCUUAGAGAUUCACAUGUAAUUAGAUGGGAUUCAGUGAUGCUUGAUCAGAAUUUAUCCUAUGAGGAGGAGCCGAUUGCUAUCUUGGACUGUCUGAUUCGCAAGUUGAGAUCCAAAGAAAUUGCUUCUGUGAAGGUUCACUGGAGUGAUCGUUCGAUGGAGGAGGCUACUUGGGAGACCGAGUUGGAUAUGAGGGCGAGGUACCCCCAGCUUUUUGAAGCCCCAG